AUGCAACAGAAAAAUAAAAGUGUUUCGAAGAAGAAAAAUGUACAAGUUGCCGUUCGAAUUCGACCACUGAAUGAAACUGAAAAAAGUGAAAAAGCUCGUAUAUCAUUAACUGCUUAUGAAGAUAAGCGAACUAUAAUGGUGAAGGAACGAUGUGCCAAUAAAGAAUUCGGUCCUUUCGACAAAGUAUAUGGGAUGCAUUCAUCUCAGCUUGAAAUUUAUACUGAUUUGGUAAAGCCACUCGUUCAAGAAGUUCUCGCUGGAUAUAACUGCACAAUUUUUGCUUAUGGACAAACAAGUACUGGGAAAACCUACACGAUGGAAGGAAUUCACUCUCAUGAAGCGGAUCUUGACUGGAAAGCAGAUACAACGGCUGGCAUUAUUCCACGUGCUUUACAACAUGUUUUCUCGCAACUUGAGAAACAGCCAAACGAUGAUUAUUCUGUUCGCGUUUCUUAUGUAGAAUUGUACAAUGAGGAAUUAUAUGAUUUAUUAGGAAGAUCAGAUAUUGAACAAACACGAUUACGGUUAUAUGAAGAUCCUAUUCGAAAGGGUUCGAUUAUAAUAUCUUCGCUGGAAGAAGUCGCAGUUCAUAAUAGGGAUGAGGUUUAUAAUUUGUUGCGAAAAGGCGCCGAAAAGCGAAGAACUGCUGCGACUUUAAUGAAUAUGACUUCAAGUCGAUCACAUUCUGUUUUCACAGUCACUGUUGUAAUGCGAGAAAGUGCCACUGUUGGAGAAGAGCUUAUGAAACAAGGAAAAUUAUAUCUUGUCGAUCUGGCAGGGUCUGAGAAUAUUGGCCGAUCAGGUGCAGUAGAAAUGCGAGCUCGUGAAGCAGGGAAUAUCAAUCAAUCAUUACUAACGUUAGGUCGUGUGAUUACUGCUCUAACAUCCGGUGCAUCUCAUGUUCCUUACAGGGAAAGCAAGCUGACACGAAUAUUGCAGGACUCUUUGGGGGGGAAGACAAUAACAACAAUCAUUGCCACUUUAUCGCCCUCAUCGACAAAUUUAGAAGAAAGCUAUAACACGCUAGAUUACGCUGCACGCGCCAAAAACAUCAAAAAUCACCCGGAAGUGAAUCAAAAGCUUUCUCGACGUGGGAUAUUGAAGGUGUUCGAUGAAGAAAUAGAACGUUUAAAGAGAGAUUUACAAGCUGCCAGGGAAAAAAAUGGAAUUUAUCUCGAUAAGGAUAAUUAUGAGUAUGGCUUUUUUCAUAUGAAAUUAAUGCCAUUGUUAAAAUUAUAA